AUGGCAGAUAAAGAAAUGAAGCCCGCACCAGGCCAGGGGGGCAGCUCAUCUCCGGAGGGGCUGGAGCCCGAGUUGGCAGGGGAGAGCCAGCAGGCUGAGCUGUACUACACUCUCCAUGCGCCAGAUGCCUCGGGGGGCUGUGGGGGCACCCGGCGUGGGGCUGGGGCCGGAGUGGGGGCCCGGGCGGAGAGCCCUACCCAGCACCCGCUGCUGCGCAUAGGGAGCAUCAGCCUGUUCCGCCCGCCCCCCAGGAGGACCCUGCAGGAGCACAGGCUGGACAGCAACCUGAUGAUCCGCCUGCCCGACCGGCCCCUCAAGCCGGGGGAAGUGCUCAGCAUCCUCCUCUACCUGGCCCCCAACUCCUCCUCCCCCUCCCGCCCCAGCGUGGAGCAUUUCACACUCAGGGUGAAGGCCAAGAAGGGCGUGACCCUUUUAGGCACCAAGUCACGGAGUGGCCAGUGGCACGUGACCUCGGAGCUGCUGACUGGGGCAAAGCACUCAACGGCCACCGUGGAUGUGGCCUGGGCCCAGGGCUCACCGCUGCCCCCGUGGGAGGGCCAGGGGCCCCUGGAGAUCCUGCAGCUGGACUUUGAGAUGGAGAACUUCACCAGCCAGUCGGUCAAGCGGAGGAUCAUGUGGCACAUCGACUACCGCGGCCAUGGCGCUCUGCCCGACCUGGAACGGGCAGUCACCGAGCUGACGGUCAUCCAGCGGGAUGUGCAAGCCAUCCUGCCCCUGGCCAUGGACACAGAGAUCAUCAACACGGCCAUCCUGACUGGCCGGACGGUGGCCAUCCCUGUCAAGGUCAUUGCCAUCGAAGUGACCGGCCUCGUCCUAGAUGUCUCUGCCCUGGUGGAAUGUGAGUCUGACAAUGAGGACAUCAUCAAGGUAUCCAGCAGCUGUGACUACGUGUUUGUUAGCGGAAAGGAGUCUCGCGGGUCCAUGAAUGCCAGGGUCACCUUCCGCUACGACGUCCUCAGUGCCCCCCUGGAAAUGACAGUCUGGGUCCCCAAGCUGCCCCUGCACAUCGAGCUCUCGGACGCCCGCCUCAGCCAAGUGAAGGGCUGGAGGGUACCCAUCCUCCCCGACCGGAGGUCAGCCCGGGAGAGCGAGGACGAGGACGAGGAGGAGGAGGAGCGGCGGCAGAGCAGCAGCCGCGGCUGCACCCUGCAGUACCAGCACGCCACUCUGCAGGUCUUCACCCAGUUCCACACGACCUCGUCCGAGGGCACCGACCAGGUGGUCACCAUGCUGGGCCCGGACUGGCUGGUGGAGGUCACCGACCUGGUCAGCGAUUUCAUGCGGGUGGGUGACCCCCGAGUGGCACGCCUGGUAGACAGCAGCACGCUGGCAGGCCUGGAGCCGGGCACCACCCCCUUCAAGGUGGUGUCCCCACUGACGGAGUCUGUGCUCGGGGAGACGCUGCUGACCGUGACAGAGGAGAAGGUCAGCAUCACACAGCUGCAGGCCCAGGUGGUGGCCAGCCUCGCCCUCUCCCUACGGCCAAGCCCUGGGAGCAGCCACACCAUCCUGGCCACCGCUGCCGCCCAGCAAACCCUCAGCUUCCUCAAGCAGGAAGCCCUCCUGAGCCUCUGGCUCUCCUACAGUGACGGCACCACAGCUCCACUCUCCCUCUACAGCCCCCGGGACUAUGGGCUGCUGGUGAGCAGCCUGGACGAGCGGGUGGCUACGGUGACCCAGGACCGGGCCUUCCCCCUGGUGGUGGCUGAGGCGGAGGGGGCAGGGCAGCUGCUCCGCGCGGAGCUCACCAUCGCUGAGAGCUGCCAGAAGACCAAGCGCAAGAGCGUCCUGGCUACCACCCCCGUGGGCCUGCGGGUGCACUUGGGGCGGGAGGAGGAGGACCCCACCUACGACUACCCAGGCCCCAGCCAACGGCUGGUCACCACCAGCCCAGCGGUGCCACCCACAGAAGAUCUGCUGCUGCUGCCCACGAGCCCCCAGCGGGGGCUGACGGACCUGGAGAUCGGCAUGUACGCGCUGCUGGGCGUCUUCUGCCUCGCCAUCCUUGUCUUCCUCAUUAACUGCGUGGUCUUCGUGCUGCGCUACCGGCACAAGCGCAUCCCGCCCGAGGGCCAGACCAGCACGGACCACUCCCACCACUGGGUGUUCCUGGGCAUCGGGCGCAAGCGGGUCAAGUUCACCACCUUCACCACGCUGCCCACGGAGGAGCUGGCCUAUGACUCGGUGCCCGCCGGCGAGGAGGAGGAGGACGACGAUGAGGACCUGGGUUGGGGCUGCCCGGAUGUGGCAAACACCACGCGGCCUGCUGCACCCCAAAACUACAUGCGCAGAAACAAAGAGAUGGCGUAGAGGCGCCGUCCCCCGGGGGGUGGGCUCUGUGUGGGACACGGCCAGGACCCCUGCUCGCCCGGGCUGCCGGCGGCGGACGUGGAUGUUAAAGGCCCGGCCCCUGCAGCUUUGCUCUCUGCAGACGCCGCCUCCCUCACCGGCCCCCCAGCUGCCUCACACGGUUCCCUCUCUGCUGCCGCAGGUGGAGGGCCCCUUUGGGAGCUCGCUAGGAGGAGGCAAGCCCAGCCCUCCUGCCUUUUCCAAACCUCCUCCCAUCCGAGACAGCCUGGCCCAGGAGCGAGGCCAGGUGGGCCCGCUCUGUGAGCCGCCCCUGCCUCCCACGUCCCCGGGGUCCCCCCUGUGCUGGGGGUUCUGUGGGGUCUUGUGUCACAAGCUGCACAAAGACUUUUCUCAAACCACUAUUCAGGGAUUUCUGUCCUGCAGGGCGGGAGGCAGCAGCUGCCUGCCUUGCCGAGGAUCUUGCUGUGGACAAAACUUUGGGGAGGUUGGGGGACACGUGUAGCAUCUUCUGGCUUUCUGGGACCGCCCAGUCCCUUCCUAGGACCUGGGAGCCGACCCCAGAGGGGUCUGUGGCCAAGCCAGGCACCUUCCUAGGAACCCAGGACUCCCUCCUCUGCCCCCAAGGGCUAUAGAAGUGGCCGAAAGGGGGAGGGGUCCUCAGCCCACCCCUGGCCAAGCCACAGCCCAGAGCACCAUGGUCUGGGUGGGCCCAGGGAGGCCUGCCCCAUAGCAAGGCCAGCACUCCGCCUUAGCCCCCCCAGCUCUGCUGGCCACUCCUCCCUGCUCUGCAGGGGCGACCACCCAUCCCCCCAGGAAAUGGAAUCCGGUGGGAAUGGAGGGGGGCACCCACCGAGGAAGCUGUGAAGGAGCUGGGGAUGGGCAAGGCCGAGGGAGCGGGCGUCUCCCUACCCCAUCUCACAGCCACUUUUCUCUCGGGUUCUACCACCACUGUGUCCGGUUUUUUCUUAAAUAAAUGGAGGCGACCAGAUUGGAGGUGGGGGCAGCAGCUCCCAGAGA